GCCAGCGCAGGCUCAGCGCGGCGGCCAUGGCGGCUCACCUCAGCUCGGGCCGCGUCCCGUUGACGGCGCUGCGGGAAGCCGGGCGGAGGGAGCUGCGCGCCUUCCUCGACAAAUGCGCCGGAUCCAAGGCCAUUGUGUGGGAUGAGUAUCUUACUGGGCCCUUUGGAUUGAUUGCGCAAUAUUCUCUUCUGAAGGAACAUGAGGUGGAGAAAAUGUUCACCCUCAAAGGGGGUCACCUUCCACCGGCUGAUGUCAAGAACAUUAUUUUCUUUGUCAGGCCCAGGUUAGAGCUCAUGGACAUAAUUGCAGACAAUGUGCUCAGCGAAGAUAAAAUCCGUUGUCCGCAGCGGGAUUUCCACAUCUUGUUCGUGCCGCGUCGCAGUUUGUUGUGCGAGCAGCGCCUCAAAGAGCUGGGCGUGCUGCACUGUUUCAUUCACCGAGAGGAAUACAGCCUGGACCUCAUUCCCUUUGACGGCGACCUCUUGUCCAUGGAGUCAGAAAACGCCUUUAAGGAGUGUUACCUAGAAAAUGAUCAGACCAGCCUCUACCAUGCCGCGAAAGGACUCAUGACACUCCAGGCUCUCUACGGGACCAUCCCGCUCAUCUUUGGAAAAGGAGAGUGCGCACGGCAUGUGGCAAACAUGAUGAUCCGCAUGAAGAGGGAGUUUUCGGGGAUCCAGAACCCCAUCCUGCCCGUCUUCGAUACCCUUCUGCUUCUGGAUCGCAACGUGGAUUUGAUCUCUCCUCUGGCUACCCAGCUGACCUACGAGGGCCUGAUUGAUGAAAUAUAUGGAAUUCAGAACACCUACGUAAAACUUCCCCCUGAAAAAUUUGCCCCCAAGAAGCAGGGGGAGGCCGCGAAGGAGCUGCCCACCGAGGCCAAGAAGCUGCAGCUGAACUCCGCGGAGGAGCUGUACGCGGAGAUCCGCGACAAGAACUUCAACGCCGUGGGCAGCGUCUUGAGCAAGAAGGCCAAAAUCAUCUCAGCUGCUUUUGAGGAAAGGCACCACGCCAAAACCGUGGGGGAGAUCAAGCAGUUCGUCUCACAGCUGCCACACAUGCAGGCUGCCAGAAGCUCUUUGGCGAACCACACCUCCAUCGCGGAGCUCGUGAAAGACAUCACCACCUCUGAAGACUUCUUCGAUAAUUUAACCGUGGAGCAAGAAUUUAUGUCUGGCAUAGAUACCGAUAAGGUCAACGGCUACAUAGAAGAUUGCAUUGCCCGAAAGUAUCCUUUGAUUAAGAUUCUGAGGCUCGUUUGCCUGCAGUCGGUGUGCAACAGCGGCUUAAAGCAGAAGGUGCUGGAUCAUUACAAGAGAGAAAUUCUCCAGACUUAUGGCUACGAACACAUCCUGACCUUGAAUAGCCUAGAAAAGGCUGGACUUUUGAAGCCCCAGCUGGGCAGUCGGAACAACUACCCAACCAUCCGGAAAACUUUGCGUUUGUGGAUGGACGACGUCAACGAGCAGAACCCGAACGAUAUCUCUUACGUCUACAGCGGUUACGCGCCUCUAAGCGUUCGCCUGGCACAGUUGCUUGCCCGGCCAGGUUGGCGAAGCAUUGAAGAAGUCUUAAAAAUACUCCCUGGUCCACAUUUUGAAGAGAGGCAGCAGCUGCCAACUGGGCUUCAGAAAAAGCGCCAGCAUGGAGAAAACCGCGUCACUCUUGUCUUCUUUCUGGGGGGCGUGACCUACGCCGAAAUUGCAGCCCUCCGGUUCCUCUCUCAGAUGGAGGACGGGGGCACCGAAUACGUCAUCGCCACCACCAAACUGAUCAACGGAACGAGCUGGAUCAAGUCCCUGAUGGAGAAGCUGGAGCCCCCACCCUUUUAGGAGAAGCAGGGGCAGACCGAGCAGGACUCGAUCGAGGUGGCAUCGCGAGACUCGGGAGAAACGGAUGCCUUCGGAAGAGAGGACUUGCCAGUUGAAAAGGAAGACAGUUUCUCAGCUGCUUUCUAAAAAAAAUUCCUUCUGGAUCCAGAAGGAAAGCUCAGCCUGGCAACCUGCAUUUUGCUUUGCUUCCUGUCAUUCCCAGAUUUUUUUCUUACAGUUUCUAAAUCCCUUCUUCCUUAGUGUAUAUUCCACAAUCUUUCAGGACGUUUUUUCCUAAUAUUUCCUCCUCUUUCCCAUUCUGUAGUUAGCUUUUGUUUUCUUACUUCAGUCCAUUGAUAUUCUUCAUUUUUCUCCCCAGGCAGUUAAUCAUGUUGGUGGAUUGUAAUUGCAAAGCUUGCAAUUCCCUCUUGGGCUGCAAUUCUAAAGCUUGAAAGUCUGCAAAUCUGUAACAGAAUCUGCCCCUUAGAUUAUACAGCUCUACCCCAAUCCUCCUAUUUUCAUGGAAUUCGCUUCCUCGAUUUGUUUCUAGCAGGUUUCAAUCCCGGAAAUCACUGUUUUGCUGCCAAUUUUGAAAAUCCUUCUCUCUUUUUCCCCAUGAAUACCUCCUGAAAUGCUUACAAGCCCUCAAUAUUGAACCAAACUCAUUUGCACUGAACAUUACUGCGAAUAGUGGGAGAAGAGGCUACUGUUUAAUCAAACCUCAUUCUGUUGCAAACAAACAAGCAAGUUUAAAAAAAUGCUGGAAUAAUACCUUUGAAAUCCGAGAAGAUAAAUGUUAUAAAGACGCCAACAUGGGCAUUUUCCAGCCUG